CCCGGACCGUUUUUUCGACCGGACCUAGAAGAAGUUGGUGUGCUGAUCAUCUCGCUCAGAAACGUGUCGUUGUCUCUGUGGUCACCGGCCCCCGUUGAGCCAGAAAAAUGCCCAAAAAGAAAACCGGUGCCCGGAAAAAGGCUGAGAGUCGAAAGGAGCGAGAGAAACAGAGUCGAGCCAACCGGGAACAUAUCCAGGUGGCCAAACACCCCUGCAACUUUAACAUGGAAUGUGACAAAUGUCAGAGAAAACAGAAGAACAGAGCUUUCUGCUACUUCUGUAACUCAGUGCAGAAGCUGCCUAUCUGCGCUCAGUGUGGCAAAACCAAGUGCAUGAAGUCAUCAGAUUGUGUGAUCAAACAUCCUGGGAUCCACAGCACUGGAAUGGCCAUGGUGGGUGCAGUAUGUGACUUCUGUGAAGCUUGGGUGUGCCACGGCAGGAAAUGUCUUAGCACUCAUUCCUGCGUGUGUCCUCUGACUGACGCAGACUGCAUUGAGUGUGACCGCAGUGUGUGGGAUCAUGGAGGGCGAAUCUUCCGCUGUUCCUUUUGUCAAAAUUUCUUGUGUGAGGAUGAUCAGUUUGAACACCAGGCAAGCUGCCAAGUCCUUCAGGCAGAAACAUAUAAAUGUGUUUCCUGUAAUAGACUGGGACAGCACUCCUGCCUGCGCUGUAAGGCCUGUUACUGUGAUGACCAUGCCAAGAGUAAAGUCUUCAAACAGGAAAAAGGAAAAGCUCCACCCUGCCCCAAGUGUGGUCACGAAACCCAGGAGACCAAAGACCUCAGCAUGUCCACCCGCACGCUGAAGUUCGGCCGCCAGGCCGGAGCUGAUGACGACGACGAUGAUUACGGAGCGUCAGGUUACGAUUCCUACUGGAAGAACUUAGCAUCUGGAGGCGGAGACCAACAGGACGACUAUGGAGAGGAGGAUGAUGAUGAUGAUGAGGACGAUGACGAGGAGGACGAUGACGAGGAGGAGGAAGAUGAAGAGGAAGAAGAAGAAGGUGAAGAGGAAAAGGUCGCUGAUUCUGUGGCUGUUCUUAAACUGGACGGGACUGCCUAAACUGAGACAGAGACUAGAGAAACCUGUACAGUCCCAACAUGAUGAUUGUUACACGUCAGGAAUGAAUAAAGACAUACAGAGGAAGAAUUGCAGAGUAUAGUUGGCAUAACUGGGGCUGGGUAUCAACACUAGGGCUGUUACGACACACAGACUCUUUACCUAACUAGAAGCGUCGGAAUUAAAAUAUUGAGCAAGUUUUGAUUUUAAUCAGAAACUGACUUAUAAGAACAUAAGUAAACUGUUAUAAAUUAUUAAUCUGACCUGACAUCCACUGCCAACAUACAUUCCUUGUUUUUGAUAAUAAAUGGACAUAUUUCAGUUGGUACUGAAAAAGUAUAUAAAAUUCUAUAUCCAGUCCUGGAGACGUCUUGUUUUCUGCUUUUGUUGUUACAUUCAGGGCCCUCGAGGGGGACAUAUAGACCAUUUACAUUUUGACACAAACAAGUAACAGAGUUGCAAACAAUAAAUUUGCAUUUCAAAGUUUUGUUUGAAUGAUUUUCUCAAUGUUCUUUAACAUAGAAACACAGGAAUCAUAAUAAUGUAACAAUGCUGUAUAGGUUUCUGUUAUGACAAUCAGUUUGAAUUAUUUCAACUUGGA